AAGUUGGGACAUAAUGGAACACCCAUGUGGUCAGCGUAUUCUGCGUAUCGUUCUUCAUGCCUUUGACAGAGUUUCGAUAACCGCUAGGGAUCUCACUAGGACGCAGGAUAAUUCUGUGCCAUUAUUAAAGGCAAUGUCCGGAAUCCCGGGUGCAGUUCAUGCAUUCAUGUCGAUGUUACUCUGUAACAUCUACCUCUGUAGUCUAAAUCUGACAGACUUUAUGAAGAAAUAAGAAGGAAGUCACAUCCGUCAAUGACGGAUUCACGAUGACGUCUUUCGACAUGUAACACAAUGAAGAACAAUAAAUAUAAAUUCUAGUGAUCGAAGUAACAUAUUUAUAAUAAAAAUUAUAAAAAUGCAUACGUUCCCUUCGAAUAUGAGCAGCCGACCAGCGAAUCGAAAGGGUGCGUUGAAAGGUGCUUUGUGGAAAACACAGUGCUCGAUGUUUUACCACAUGUUUAUGUUAACAUGUCAGAAUUGAAAACUACAGCCUCAGAAGAAAUUACUUUGUCUUCAAAGGGAUAUAAAUUACAAAAAUUCGUAGGUGAAGGAGCCUAUGCUAAGGUAUAUUUAACUGAGUACUCGGGAAAAGACGACGCUCAUAAGGCUACGCUCGCGUGUAAGGUUAUAGAGACGUCGAAAGCUCCAAGAGACUUCGUUAUCAAGUUUUUGCCACGCGAAAUAGACGUGCUUGUGCGCUUGAAUCAUCCUCACCUUAUACACGUGCAUAGUAUAUUUCAAAGAAAAACGAAGUAUUAUAUUUUUAUGAGAUUUACUGAAAACGGAGACCUGCUGAGCUACAUUUUGAAGAACGGCUGCGUAUCCGAAAAUCAGUCCAGAGUGUGGUUUCGCCAAUUAUCAUUAGGCAUACAAUACCUACACGAGUUGGAGAUAACGCAUCGUGAUAUUAAAUGCGAGAACGUGCUCCUGACAGCAAAUUUUAACGUGAAAAUUUCUGACUUUGGUUUCGCCCGAUUUUGUGUGGACGAACACGACUCAUCUGUGUUAAGUGAGACAUACUGCGGGUCGAUGUCAUAUGCAGCGCCAGAAAUUCUUCGUGGAAAACCCUACCUGCCUAAACCAACCGAUCUGUGGUCUUUAGGGGUGGUGUUAUUUGUGAUGCUGAAUAAGUCUAUGCCAUUUGACGACACGCGAAUGCGAAAAUUGUACGAGCAGCAGAUGGGCAAGAAAUAUCGAUUCAGAUCUCGAGUAGGCAGCUCUGUCUCAGUCGAGUGUAAGGCUAUUGUCAAACAUCUAUUGGAACCUGAUCCAGGACUGCGCCACUCCGCCCAACAAGUGCUCAGUUCCGAUUGGAUUGCUAUGGACAGUAGGCUUACCAGUGAGUUGAAAACGAAGUCUUAAUUUGUAAGAAUCCAUCAGGCUACUGAUAAUUAGGUACUU